CAGUCAUCAACUGCGAUUUGGAAAAGGGGAGAGGGAACUCAUCGAAUAUGAUCCAGUGGCAAAGUUAGACGUAAUCGCGAAAGUAGGUGACCCCUGACAGAAAUUGAAAAUCAAUAAAGUGCGGGCGGCGGAAAGCCAACGAGUCCGCGAUGUACGCAUACACACGGCAUAGGCCGCCACGGUUCGCGAGCGCUUUUGAGGUUAUGUACCCCGCGUUUCGACGACGGCCGGCCUGUACGUGCUAUUUUGGUUGCAACGAAAAGCGGUGUGUUUAUUCUUGCCGAUCGUAGGCGCGUGUUACGCAUUAUAAUGCAUCUGAAUGCGAAGGCGAGCCACGUGAGUGCCGUGAGAUAGUAGACAAAAAUGGGCAGAAAGAAGGCUCACGCAUCGUCCAAAGGUAAACAACACGGUUCAACGCAGCAGAGGCACAUAUCCGCGGCCAAGAGGAACGAGCUCAAUGCCUUGUGCGAGAAACUCUUCCAUCUGAGUAGUAAUCCAGCAUAUAUGACGCAACUAUGGAACAAUUACUUGGAUAUAUCGGAAGUUCUCCUGAAGGUUAAACGUCUAGAGGAGAUGAAGACGGAAUCGUCUGAGCGAUCCCAGGGGAUUGGUCACUUCAUGAACUGGCUCAAAGAGAACGGGGCACGUGUGGACGGUGUGAGCAUUGCAGAAUUCCCAGGUUACGAGCUGGGACUAAAGGCAGAGACUGACUUUGCCGAGAACCAACUGAUCUUAGAGAUACCAAGGACGCUCAUCUUCAGCACAUACACUGCUGCUCCAGAAUUGGCCAUUCUACAGAAUGAUCCGCUGGUGCAGCAUAUGCCACAAGUGGCACUGGCGAUAGCGCUCCUCAUAGAAAGGCACAAAGAGAACUCCAAAUGGAAGCCUUACUUGGACAUGCUUCCCAACAGUUACGCUACAGUUUUAUACAUGAAGGCUACUGACAUGAUCGAACUUAAAGGCAGCCCCACAUUAGAGUCUGCGUUGAAACAAUGUCGGAACAUCGCGAGACAGUACUCUUACUUCAGUAGAGUGUUCCAGAGCAAUAAUAACGCCGUUUCUGCAGUAGUCAGGGAUGCCUUCACCUAUGAGAGAUACUGUUGGGCAGUUUCCACGGUGAUGACGAGGCAGAAUCUGGUGCCGAGUCCGGACGGCUCGCGCAUGAUCCACGCUUUAAUCCCGAUGUGGGAUAUGUGCAAUCACGAGAACGGCAAGAUCACGACGGACUUCAACGCGACGACAGAUCGCUGCGAGUGCUAUGCGCUGAGAAACUUCCAGAAAGGGGAACAAAUAUUCAUUAGUUACGGUCCGAGGACGAAUUCCGACUUCUUCGUGCACUCGGGCUUCGUUUACAUGGACAACGAUCAAGAUGGCUUCAAGCUUCGCCUCGGCAUUAGCAAAGCGGAUUCCCUUCAGAAGGAGCGAACGGAACUCUUGAGUAAACUGGAUUUACCGUCAGUGGGGGAGUUCUUGCUAAAACCGGGCACGGAGCCCAUCUCCGAUAUGCUGCUAGCCUUCCUACGAGUGUUCAGCAUGCGAAAAGCGGAACUGGCGCAUUGGCUACGUUCGGACAAGGUGUUCGAUCUGAAGCACAUGGACUGCGCGUUAGAGACCGUCGUCGAGGAGAACGUCAGGAAAUUUCUGCUGACUAGGCUGCAACUGCUGAUUGCUAAUUACCCGACCACGCUGAAGGAGGAUCUGGAGCUCUUAGAGACCACGUUGCCGCAUGUGAAGAAGAUGGCGGUUCAAUUGAGAGUCACGGAGAAGAAGAUUCUUCUGGGCGCCCUCGAAUAUGUGGAACAGUGGAUCAAAGCCUGAGCAGACGACUUGCAGCUGCGUUUCGAUGAGGAAGUCGGGCAUACAUCAAUCUACUGACUGAAAAUGAAUCUCGAGAGAAAAACCAAUUUUAUUUUUACAAUAUUCUCUGAAAGACGAUUUUGAGUAUAAAAGUAAAUAUUGAAGCGGACGAAUUAUACAAUAAAGCAUAUAUAUACUUAUUGCCUAUUGAAUACGCAACUCUACGCUACGUGCGCUAACGACGUGCGCGACGUAUGAAUAUCAAAAAGUAACAACGUUUUCCGUAUACAAUGGAUUUCACGGCUGUCGAUUGAAUCAACGGUUAGGUACUACAAACGGGGUAUGGGCGUUGUCAAAAGAGAUAAGAUUUUUUUUUAACGUUCUCUCAAUUAGACGAGUAGCUUCAAUAUUCGGCCUUGCUACUCACGCGUAGCGCACUUGGUGCGAGAUUUCUUAACAAAAGACGUAUUGAAAAAUACUAAGGCAGAGGGAGAAAGAGUUACGGACGCGCCGGGGGGCGGUUAUACAUAUAGGGGUACACAAGAGCUAUACAAUGUAAUUGUACAAUAAUUGCGUGCUCAGUAAAUAUCGUGAUUUUCAUUUUCGUGGCAUAAAAGCUUUCAGACGCAACUUCUUCGCAUCCGUUCCUCUUAAUCGAGUUAUACCCAGGCAGCACAUGAUAUUCUAUAGAUAUCCUAUGGAUAUCCUUAAGACAUAGGAUGUCGUCAGGAUAUCUUUAGGAUGAGAAAAAUUUGUGCUAUUACACGCCGGUAUUACACGCCGAAUUACACGCCGAAUUACACGCCGGUUCAUGAGCUCUAAUUUCUGAACUAUAAAAGACUCGAGGGUGCUACUUUUCUCGCUGCUCUCGAUAUAUAUGCGAUAUAAAGUGGCGUGUCUCUCUCCGUUUGCAUAUGUGUAUCUGUGUGUGCGCGUGUAUAUGUAUGUAUGUGUGCAUGCGUAUAUGUGGUGUGUGUGUAUCAAAGGAGAAUAUUAUUGCUAAUGAACGUUUAUUUUUCAAAACGAAUACAUAACAGAGCCGAUGUAAAGUAUAGUACCGUAGGCCUACGACAUUAGACUUAUACAUACGAGCGCACGCUGCAAAAUAUCUCCUCCCCCGAUACACGAGAGCGGAUGCGAAUGAGAAAUCCGCGUAAAUAUAAUAAUAAUAAUGAUGUAUAACCUGCGAGGUGUUUUCGAUAUUUAACCAUACGUUAUAAAUGCAUCGUGUUUAGCUCCGUGUUUCUUAUGCUGCUACCAAACGUAACUUCAUGCGAUCACGAGAACGGUAAGUUCGUCGGGAGCGCGCGCGCGCAAUAUGCGAUUUAGAUUCUAGGAAAUAGCAGAUUCGGAUACGAAUUUAUUAUAAAAUCAACGAAGCUAAUUAACGUAGCGAGACGUCAUGAUCAGGCUACAGCAGGACUGAUAGCUCGGAAUAUCGCUUUUUAUAAUAUUCCAACGUAGGAAUAAUUAUAAAAACGAAGAAAUAACAAGUUAUAUAAACUAUAUGUGUCGCGAUACAUAGGUAAUAUAUACAUAUUAUAUGAGGUUCAAAACCUAACAUGUGAUCUGUCUAUAUCUUUACACAGAAAUUAAUUACAACUGUGAUGCAAGAAUUUUUCAAACAAGUAGAAUCCGCUUAAGAGGAGCGCAUCGCGUAUGAUAGCGGAAUGUAUUUAUGUUACAAAUAUAACUUGUAUUUAUUCUGUGUAAGUAGUGAAGAACGGAGCUGUAAAAAAACGGUGUUUAACAUGUGCCCGCGAGCGACGAUGUUUCACAAAGUGCGUCUCCAUCUUAUGUGAGAGAAAAGAAAAAGAGAAUGCAGUGUGAGAAAUGGUCGCUCGCCAGCGCGUAUUAAAUAGAUGUAUAGGAAGAAAGAGAGUGAGAAAGAGAGAGAGAGAGACUUAGGUUCGUCCGAAAAUAUCUGCUAUUCCGAUCGCCUCACAGCAGCUAUCCGUUUUGUUAAUAUCUACUUUAGGAUUGCUAAUAUAGCGUUUAAUUAUCGUUACCCUCUUGUCUCGAUAUAUAUUUUGCUUAACGAAAAAGAUGAAGGGAGAAUACAGCACGUUUCUGUACUUCAAAUCAA